UUUUUGUCAAGAUGUGAAUAUUCGACUUUUUGGCAGUUUUAUAGUUCAUAUAUAGUUUUGUGUUUUGUUGUCGGACUUUAUUUGCUGUUUACCAUUCGAAACGAUAGGACGACUUUGCUGUUCGGUAUGGCCACAUAUAGUGCUGUGGUACUUGUGGUUGUUGUUGCAGCAGCGGUUGCGAUAAGCUCAACAUCGGCAUCCAGCAUCCCAGCCGAUUUGCCCCCGGAACACACUGUUUUUCACGGAAAGCAUUUUGAGGGAGGAGAGCACAAUGCCCAGUUUGAUCACGAUGCGUUUUUGGGUGCGGACGAAGCCAAGAAAUUUGAUGAACUGACGCCAGAAGAAAGUAAACGCCGAUUAGGAGUGAUAGUAGAUCGCAUAGAUGAGGAUAAGGAUGGAUUGGUGACGCUGGCGGAGUUAAAGAAUUGGAUUCAAUACACACAAAAGCGGUACAUUGACGAGGAUGUUAAUCGGCUGUGGCGCCAGCAUAAUCCAGAAAAUAAUAAGACUAUUCCUUGGGAGGUUUACCGCAAGCUUAUCUAUGGCUUUUUGGAUGAUCUUACCAAAGAGGAGCGCGAAGCCGAAGACAAUGGCAUUAGCUACUCGAAAAUGUUAGCUCGUGAUCGUCGCCGCUGGGCAGUAGCAGACCAGGAUUUGGAUGACAGUCUGACUCGAGAAGAGUUUACAGCUUUCCUACAUCCCGAGGAUCAUCCAACCAUGAAAGAUGUGGUUCUGAAAGAGACCAUUGAUGAUCUGGAUAAGGAUAAGGAUGGUAAAAUCUCGGUAGACGAGUACAUUGGUGACAUGUAUCGUCCCGCCGAGUUGGAUGAUCCAGAGCCUGAAUGGGUCCUGAGCGAACGCGAGGCCUUUGUCACACAUCGUGACCUGGACAAUGAUGGUUAUCUUAACGAAGCGGAAGUGCGCCAAUGGAUUGUGCCACAAGAUUUCGAUCAUGCAGAAAGUGAGGCCAAGCAUUUGAUAUUCGAGGCUGAUAUGGAUCAUGAUGAGCAGUUGACCAAAGCAGAGAUACUUGAUAAAUACGAUGUCUUUGUUGGUUCUCAAGCCACCGAUUUCGGUGAGGCUUUGGCACGGCAUGAUGAGUUCUAAACGGAUCUCCCGGUUACUACUACUACUACUAGCCCAAUACCCACCCACGCCCAACAAAAUUGAGAUUAAUCUCUUAUAUGUUUAACUAUUAAGAAUCUCCCGCUCAAAUGCCAAAUAUGUAAUUUUUUGUACACUCUUAUUUCCCUUCUAGAUCUAAGGUCCAACUUGAAGUGCAUUAUAUGAACAACAAGAAACUAAAUCAAACCAAA